UUGGUAUUUGUCUCCCUCAUACACCACCGGGCCAUAGUCGUGCUUCUCGCGCCGGAAUGGAGUCUUCGGGUACCGUUCUGGGCCUUCUUGAAGCCUUAGCUCAGAAAACACAGACAUCCGCCGCACAAAUCACCCGGUUCCUCAACGAAGCUCACACAAAAGGGCCGGUCGACGGACAGCCUGGCUCGUUUGACAUCCCUCUCAACUCGCCUCCCGAAAUCAAUGCAGCGAAAGCGGCGAUACUCGAAUCGACCAUGCUGAUGCAACAGCUGGUCAUGUCUGCGACCGACGUCCAGCAACAAAUGACAUUAUAUACCCAGCAGAUGGCAGCGAUACGUUGGAUCUGUCGCUUCGACGUCGCGACGCAUGUUCCAGCCUCGGGUACCAUCUCCUAUGAAGACUUGACUGCAGCGGCCAAGGUGCCACAGGGCGAGCUCAUGCGCAUAUGCCGCAUGGCGAUGACGGCGGGCUUCUUUCAGGAGCCAGUUCAAGGUCACAUUGGACAUACUCCCAUUUCUCUGGACCUCAGAUCCUCAUCCCCGGUGCACGACACUUUCCUGUUCAUGAGUGAGACGGGCCACACGGUUGUGAGCAAAAUGCCCGAGAUGACCGAGGCCAAUCUCAAACUUGGCCCCGGGGCGAAACCCAAAACAGCAUUCAACAUUGCCAUGAACACGGACAUCCCUUUCUUCAAGUAUAUCAUGUCGAACCCAGCUCUCGCAAAACAGCAAGCUGCGCACAUGAAGACCAUCGUGGCUGCAGAGGAGUCCCACAUUCGACAUACAGUCAGUGGAUAUGACUGGGGCGCCCUCCCGCAGGGGGCGAAAGUCGUCGACAUGGGCGGCUCGACAGGCCAUGUUAGCAUCACCAUUGCACGAGAGUUUCCUCACUUGGAGUUUAUAGUGCAGGACCUCCCACAAGUUCUGUCGCAGAGGGCAUCGGUUCCAGCAGAACUGGGAGACCGGGUCGCGUUCGAAGCGCACGACUUCUUCCAACCUCAGCCUCCCAGCCAUCGUGGUGCGGAUGUUUUCUUCAUACGACAGUGCCUCCAGAACUGGUCCGACGCCGACGCCGCCAAGAUCUUGCGAACACUCCUGCCGGCGCUAGACAAACGCAGAUCAAGAAUCGUGAUUAUGAGCGUCGUUUUGGCGAAUCCCAAUGACGCAGGAGUUGGCCAGAGAGAGAAAGGGAUAAGCCGUAUGAGAGACCUCUUCAUGAUGCAAGCCAUGGGGGGCGGUGAAAGGGAUCUGGCUCAGUGGAACGCGAUAGUCAAGGCUGCUGAUCCUGGGUUAGAGAUCGCAAAUGUGAACAAGCCGCGGGGAAGCGUGCUGAGUGUCCUUGAGGUUAGAUACAAAUGAUGAGAAGGAGGAAGUUGACUCGGC